AUGAAAGAUGCAUUAUCUGAAUUCGAGAAUGAAUCGGCAAAGGAAGCCGACAAAUUCAACUGGAAGGAGUUCGAAGACAAGAAUAUCACUAUUUACAGGUGGUUCCAAUACAUCCUGGACUUGGGAUCAAGCUCGUUUCCUCCAGAGAAGUCAAAAGAGCUAGAUAAAAUCAAAUCGGAUAUGAGCCUCAUAUACAGUAAAGCCAAAAUAUGUUCGUACAGAUCUAAGAAGAAAUGUGACUUGGGACUUGAAGAAGAUUUGAGGAAGAUCCUGCUCACCUCUCGCAACUACGAGGAACUGAAGUACAUUUGGAAAGAAUGGAGAGACACCACUAACAAAAAACUGAAAAAAAUGUUUCUUCAAUACCUCCAGCUCAGCAACGAAAUGGCCCGGAGUGAGGGUUUCAAGGACUAUGGUGAUAAGAUGAAGUCAGAAGAAAGUGUGAAAGACGUGGAAGUCGACAAAUUAAUGGAACAAAUAAAGCCACUGUACAAGCAGAUCCACGCCUACACGCGAAGAAAGCUGAUUCAACACUACGGGGCGAAAUACAUCAGGCCGGAUGGACCUAUUCCAGCGCACAUACUCGGUCAUAUGUUUUCUCAACAGUGGGCCCAGGUUUUUGAUAUUCUGAAUCCUUUUUCAAAAUCUGCUUCGCCGGAUGUGAGUGCGGAAAUGCAGAGGAGGAAAAUGAAACCGAUCGAGAUGUUUAAAAUAGCGGAAGAAUUCUUCACUUCGAUUGGAAUGCAACCAAUGACGGCAGAUUUCUGGCAGAAGAGCGUCAUCGAGAAGCCAAAGGACAAAGACAUGGUGUGCCAUGCAUCGGCUUGGAAUUUGCACGACGGAAAGGACUACAGGAUAAAGAUGUGCACGCAGGUGAACAUGGGGGAAUUUGUCACAGUUCAUCACGAGAUGGGACAUAUCCAGUACUAUCAGGAGUACGCGCAUUUGCCAGUGGCGUUUCAACACGGAGCUAACACAGGUUUCCACGAAGCUGUUGGAGACACAGUGGCUCUAUCUGUUUCCACUCCCACGCAUUUGAAAAAAAUUAAACUUCUCAAGAACUUUUCCACCAAUUCCAAUUCAGACAUCGCUUUCCUACUGAAAAUGGCCCUCGAGAAAGUUGUUUUCCUGCCGUCGUCCUAUAUUUACGACUCAUGGCGAUGGAAGGUAUUCAGCGGAGAAAUUCCCCAAAAAGUGAUGAACACACAAUGGUGGAAGAUGAGGAAUAAAUACGAAGGUCUCUGCCCUCCAGUGAGAAGGACAGACGAUGACCUGGAUCCUCUUUCUAAAUAUCAUGUGGCUACGGAUACGUUUUAUUUUAGGUAUUUCGUGGGUCAUUUGCUUCAGUUUCAGUUCCAUAAGGCUUUGUGCAAGGAGUCAGGACACAAAGGGCCACUGCACACUUGCGACAUCUACCAAAGCAAGAAGGCUGGAAAAUUGUUCAGCAAAAUGUUGCGUUUGGGGAGCUUGGUGCCCUGGAAGGAGGCUUUGUCCGUCAUAACGAAGAAUGAGACGGACGAGCUGAGUGCGGAUCCCCUGCUCGAGUACUUCGAGCCACUCUACAAGUGGCUCAAGGAACGGAACCGGAACGAGUUCAUCGGAUGGAAGAGCUCGGACCCCACUGUGUGUCCGGAGGCCACGGACAGCGAGGGAGAAGGGGCAGACGAACCGAUUUACAUCGAAGCCCGUAUCGAGUACGAUGACGAAGAAACGGAUGAAUAG